UUAUAUGAACUCCUACAAAACUCAAGUUAGCUAAAUUCCAGCUGAACUAACUGGGAGGAGCGGGUAGGGGAGAUGUGACAUUUCUGACGACCGCGGUUCCCGCACAUCAAGCCCCAGAAAAGAAUUUCAGCUUUCUCUGAAGCACACAAGUUCCUUAUGACAUAUGUGAGCAAGCAAACUGAGGAUGGUUGUUGCCAACAGAUGGAGGAGUGGAUAGCAGGACUAAGCCUGGUUGGUUGAUGUGCUAACAGGAUCUAUAAGCAAUAUAUUACAAUUCGUAUCAAUGAUAUAGUUCUCUAGAGAAAAAUCAGAAAAGCAAAGGUCCCAGCACACUUGGAAAGUCCUGCAAGGACUCAGCUACAGAAGGUUCAGCAACAGCAAGUAAAACCUUUCAUGACCCUUGACCACCAGAUUCUCAACCAGACUUUUAAACGGUCACAUCCUCCAACACCAAGCAGUGAACUUCUGGUGCAGCAUGGACACCUGUCUCCCAAGAGUGACCUUGGUCUCACUGGAAAUCCACUCACCAAGUUGCUGACUCUUGGCAAAGAAGAUGACAAUACAGAAUGGCAUAUGGAGGACGUUAUUGAGGAUAUAAUCGGUAUGGACCCAAGUUUUAAAGAGGAAGGAACAGAUUCUCCUCUGCUAAUGCAAAGAACAGUAUCUGGAAGUAUUUUGGAUGUGUACAGUGGUGAGCAGGAAAUUUCACCAGUUAAUAUGGGCCUUACAAGUGCUUCUUGUCCAAGUAGUCUUCCAAUGAAAAGAGAAAUUACAGAAACAGAUACUCGAGCUUUGGCAAAGGAGAGACAAAAAAAGGACAACCACAACCUCAUUGAAAGAAGACGAAGAUAUAAUAUUAACUACCGAAUCAAGGAGCUUGGCACUCUUAUUCCGAAGUCUAAUGAUCCUGAUAUGCGCUGGAACAAAGGAACCAUUCUAAAAGCAUCAGUGGAGUACAUCAAGUGGCUACAAAAAGAACAACAGAGAGCUCAAGAGUUAGAACACAGACAGAAGAAAUUAGAGCAGGCUAACAGGCGCCUUCUACUCCGCAUUCAGGAACUAGAAAUACAGGCUCGUGCUCAUGGUCUGCCAACCCUGGCUUCACUUGUCACAGUUGAUUUAGGUGCUCACAUCACCAAACAACAGACCCAUCUAGAGCAGAAUUCAGGAGACUAUUGCCAACAAUUGGUUCUGUCUCAGGGGACAAGCCCUGAACUCUGUGAUCAAGCUAUGGCCUUCUCUGAUCCUUUGUCACACUUCACAGAUUUAUCAUUUAGUGCAGCUUUGAAAGAGGAACAAAGAUUGGAUAACAUGCUACUGGAUGACACAGUUUCUCCGUUUGGAACAGAUCCUCUGCUAUCUGCCACUUCUCCUGCAGUUUCUAAAGAGAGCAGUAGAAGAAGUAGCUUUAGCUCAGAAGAUGGUGAUGAGUUAUAAAAAAAAUAAACAGGCUCAAUUGAUCAACUGGGAAGAAAUUUUGUGCUGGUGCUAUGCAAUUACAUUCUUCUUUCAUACAUUUCUCUCGCUUAAUUUUUCUGAAAGGAAUAUAUUGGUCAUGAAACACCGAUUGGUUAGAAACAGCAGAAUUUACAGGAAGAACAAACACAGUGUUGAAGAAUUAUUGACAGAAAAAAAGUUUUUUUUUCCUCUUUGACCACUAAGUCCAAAUCUACUUAAAUUUUGUUUUUCUGGAAAGAGGCACAACAUGAGAAAUAGCUCUCUACUGAUGUUUUAAAAGUAGUCACUUGAUGAUGAGCUAUUGGAACUAACAGACUGCAAGGAUAAACCUUCUGAAACAUA